AUGGCCAGCUCCCAGAAGGCCCUGAUGCUGGAGCUGAAGUCCCUGCAGGAAGAGCCGGUGGAGGGUUCCCGGAUCACCCUGGUGGAUGAGUCCGACCUCUACAACUGGGAGGUUGCCAUCUUCGGACCCCCCAACACCCUCUACGAAGGCGGCUACUUCAAGGCGCAUAUUAAAUUUCCUAUUGACUACCCAUAUUCACCACCUACCUUCAGGUUCUUGACCAAAAUGUGGCACCCCAACAUUUAUGAGAGUGGACAUGUAUGCAUUUCAAUUCUUCAUCCACCCGUAGAUGCCCCACAGAGUGGUCAACUGAACUCCGAAAGGUGGAAUCCUACUCAGAAUGUCAGGACUAUCCUGUUAAGUGUAAUCUCAUUGCUUAAUGAGCCCAACAUCUUCUCCGCAGCCAAUGCGGAUGCUUCAGUUAUGUUCAGGGAAUGGAGGGACAGUAAAGGAAAAGACAAAGAAUAUGCUGAAAUCAUUGGAAAACAGGUUUCAGCCACUAAAGCCGAAGCAGAAAAGGAUGGAGUGAAAGUACCCACGACCCUGGCAGAAUAUUGCAUCAAAACUAAAGUGCCUUCCAAUGACAACAGCUCAGAUUGGCUUUAUGACGACUUGUACGACCUUGACAUUGAGGAUGAAGAGGAGGAGGAGGAGGAGGAGGAGGAAGAUGCUGACUGUGAUGACCAUGAUGAUUCUGGGAAUGAGGAGUCGUGACCUGCUCCUUCGAAGCCCCUGUACUGCCCUGCCAUCUCAGGCCAAAGGGAGAGGAGCAAGUGGGGACCUAGCAGUGGCCCCUCAGCAAAACCCUAUCACAGGGGGUGGGGAAAACAAACAUGGCUCCUGCUGACUUCCCUUGUGGAUCUCAGUUGGCUCCUUUUUAUGGACCUCUUAAUGGAGGGAAGGUAAUUGUGAACGAAAGGGGCCACAUGCUGACCUGACAAGCUCAGGGGAGGCCUGCAUGGCAGUCUGAGAGACCUAAAGUAACCACAAAGGAUGGUCUGAAAUUAAACUUUAACUCAGAGCGGUUAUGGUGGGCAGUU